GACCUGCAGCACGGCGGCGUCACCGGCAAAAACGAUGUGGGGGCGGCGAGGAGCUGCUGACGUUGGACUAUGGCAAGCUGACGGCCGUCCUUUUGGGGAGUCUGCAAGCGGCUGCAGGCGCGGGUGAAGGAGGCGGCGCUGGACCUGCUGCGGCGCUGGCCAGCGACUUCAAUGUGAGGGACGCCCGGAAGCUGUACCAGAUCGCGAAGCGUAAGUUUCCCGACCAGCCGGCCGUCACGGUGAACCGGGCGAGGGACGCCCUGAGGGGGGACGUGGCCAGGCAGGUGCUGGCCUCGAAGCCCCGGAGCGGAAAAGAGCACGGCCGAGGGGCCCAACGACCGCCUGCAAGCAGACUUGACGAUUUCUCCCAGAACACAAGAAGCGCCAAGAAGUACGGCCUUGUGGUCACCGACGUCUUUACCAGGGAGGCGGUAACCAGGGCUCUGCCCAACAAGAACGCGGAGACGGUGGCGCGCGCGGCCGCGGAGGCGAUUCCCGACCUUGUCCAGGACGAGGGGAACUACGUCGUGACCACGGACGAGGGGAACGAGUUCCGCACCCUGGAGGCGAACCUGCCCCAGGGGGUGGACCGGAACGCCACCGCGGUGGACCGCACCAUCCAGACCCUCAAGAAGGACCUCGCGGGCGAGGUGGCGCGCCGGGGCGGCAAAUGGGACGACCAUUCAGGCGGAGGUGACAAUGCCGUUCGUCUCCACUGUGAGCGGCGCCUGGCCUGUGAGUCGAUUCUGCAGCCAGAUCUCUUGCUCUGGCGC